AUGACCAACAUGGUGCCCCAUGGCGCAGCACCAAUGCUACUCGACCUCCCACCCGAGCUUCUCCUUCCCAUCCUGACCGAAGCCUUGGCAGGCCACCCCAGCCCAAUAGCCGUCCUUUCUACUUGCAGAAGGAUCCGCGAACUCGGAGAACCCUUGCUUUACAGACACCUGACAUUACGCUCUACCAAAGCCCUUAUACUCUCUGGCGGCGAAGUUGGUUCUGGGCAGAUGGCCAUGCUCUGCCCUAUCUUGUAUCAGCAUAUUAACGCGCUGACGCCCGGUGGAUGCAUAUGGAACGAACACAUCAGCGUGAAGGAGAGACUGAGACUAGACAGAGUCGGGCUCUGUAUGAACUCUCAGUCAUCACCUGCAAAGGAUGAUACGGAGCUUAGUGCUCUGGGUAUCAUCGAUCCUACAUCAUUCACUUGGAUAGGUCCUGAUCCACCGCAUCAGUUCUCUACGGCUAUUGUCCCUGACGCAUGUACCCGUGUCUUCGCACAUGCAGUGCAUUGGUCCUCACUACGAACCCUAUUCUUGUCAAACGUCGCCUUCCCCUCUUCACGUUCACCGGACAUGUCGCCGUCGUCUUCCCCUCCGACAUCCAUCUUCACUUCGCCCGCCCCAGUGGUUCAAGAGAUAUUCGCAUUUCCAGUGAUGCCUGCUCUCGAGCGCAUGGACCUACGAAACGCCACCUUUCUGCCUAUCAAGGCACUCGCGAAGCUCGUCUGUGACGACCGCACGCAACGAUUGUCACACGUUGGGCUGCAGGACUGCUACGUGGAAAGCAUCUGGGGUGAACGUGUCAGACGAAGCCACCUCGAGCGUAUUACGCAGGAGUUCGAAGGAGGCCGCCAGCCAGAGCGAAUUGGGCGCGUGCGCGUUAUCGUAGUCUGCUCGGCUAUGUACGAGCGUAUCGAGGGCGGAGACCGAGUGACAGUACGUGGUGAUGAACAGGGAGCUGCACUUCUUGAGUAG